UCUGGCAAAAUGUCAUUCUUAAUUUUUAUAUAUAUAUAUAUAAAAUAUAAUAGGAGGAGGUUUUGUAAAUAAGGUUACAUUUUGCUAUAAAGUGUUAAUUUCCCCCAUGUAUGGAGACGCAAGCGACGUAACAGUAGUAAUGUUUGUGGCUGUAGAGAGAAAAGACAAACAGUCGUAACAGUUAUGAACUUAGAAGAGACGUACGGUUAUAGUUUGACAGUUGUAAUAAUAGUUUUUGAAGCUUGAUGGUAUUGUGAAGUACGUUUUCCCCGAGUAAACGUUGAUGUACUGUGUAACAUUAACCCCACAUUUAGACGUGCAAGUGGUCCGAUGUCAAAAUAUCAGUUUGUUUAAAAAGCCACAACUGAACAAUCCCUGCUUUCAUUUCUACAACAGAGAAUGGAAAAGAUUUAUGACGUGUGUGUGUAAGUGUAAGCCAUGUGUAAGUGAUCCGGUACGAAGCUGCAGUCUGAGCAUUACUGACAUCCAGCCAACACAGAAUCCUAAAAUAACCCAGUUCCCCAGGAGUGUGUACCCGACAUCUGAACGCUGUGGAUCGACAACUUCAGACCGACGGUAAUGCAGUGACUUUCAGUCCUCGAGUCCUUCUUCUCAGAUUCCAUCGCCAAAGUUCAGCUCCAAAUGUCCUGCAGAUCCAAAUAUAACGAUUCACGCUCUGCGAGAACCGAGAUCGAUUUCACCUCGCCCGGUCUGGCGGUGAUGGGGGUCGAGCAGCUCCUUUUUGCCGGGAGAGCGAUCAGCAGUCCUGCUAAUGAGGUCUGGCCCAGACUUUAUAUAGGAAACAUGGAUUUCGCAGAGAACCGUGCCGAGCUUCGCAGGCAAAACUUCACUCACGUGCUGAACUGUGCUCACAGCUCCAGGCGAGGUGACGACUUUUACUCCGGGAUGGGAAUCACGUAUCUGGGCAUCGAAGCCCACGAUUCUCCCGCCUACGACAUGAGCGUCAACUUUAAUACAGGAGCAGAGUUCAUUCAUAAUGCUCUCAGGACGGGAGGUAAAAUCCUGGUGCACUGCCACGUGGGCGUGAGCCGUUCGGCCACCAUCGUGCUGGCGUACCUGAUGCUGAAGCACAACAUGACCCUGGUGGAGGCCAUCAACAAGGUUAAACAGGGGAGAGGGAUCAUACCCAACCGGGGCUUCCUCCGACAGCUAAUCGACCUGCACGUUAAACUGUACGGCUAUACAUCCUGAGUGCAUGACCACACCUCAUCGACGCCUGGAUGUUCAGGACAGACCUCACUGCUGGAAUGAGAUGAUGGUGGUUUGGCUAGCUUCUGAGAUGGUGGAGGGUUAUGGACGAACGUGGGUCGACCCUGAUAGAAACAGCUGUAUAUUAUAAUGUUUGUAAACAGCCAGUUUUAUAAUUUAUUGUUAUGUAAUUUCCAGCAAAGCAGUGCUGUGUAAAAAGGCAAACAUCUGGUUUGAUUACUUUUAUUUUUCUCAACAAUAUGUUUUCC